UUUGAGUACUUCACAUAUACACAUUGCUGGGUGGUGGGUGCUUUUGAACGCAAGAGUAUAUCUGAAUCUGAUACAGCUUGCACUCUCUUUCUCUAUCGUCUUCCAUCUCCAUUUCCAUUUUUUUAUGCGAUCUGAAUCUCUUUUUGUUCCUACAAAAUUAAUUUUAUAAAAAGUUGCAAUCUUUUUUGAAAAUUCUCAACUUGGCCUUUUCAAUUCCCACUUAAAACCUCCAUUUUGGUGGAGUUUUGAGGGAAUUUUCUGUUGUAUGCAAGUCAAAGACCCUUUUUCUCUUCCUUUUCGAGGUGAGUGUCAUCAAUCAUCAUUUUCCACUUUUCAUCUCAAAUGGGUUUUGAUUUUUACAUCUAAUUUCUUCAUCUUUCAACCAAGAACAACCGCUCAAAUGACAAAUAUAGCAAAACUUCCGAUCUUUUCGGUUUCUGGGUUUGAUUUAUGAUAUCCAAUUACCCGCCAGUUUGAUUUUUAGGGUUUGUGUUAAAACGAUGACAUCUAGUAAUCAAGAAGCUGUAAAAAAAUUGGAGUCUUUACAUGUUAUGAAAUCAAAAGGGAACAAGAAAAAGUGGAAAAACGAUGAAGGUUCCGUUGGGUGUUGGAAUAAAUGGGGGUGUCUCGGCAGCUGUGUUUCUUCAAGAUCUAAAGUCGAUAGCUCCACAAGUGGCAUCAGUUCUCAAUUCGAAAGUAAAUCAGGUAACGAUACAAGCAAAGAUCAAACGGUGGUGGCUCCGAUAGUAUCUCCGACCACCAGUGGCGGAAACAAUUUGUCGAGUCCAAAACCAGAAGAUGCAAUCAAAGUUGCUUCUCAACUUCGAAAAUUUGCUUUCAAUGAUCUUAAAAUGGCGACAAGAAAUUUCAGACCCGAAAGUCUUCUCGGUGAAGGUGGUUUUGGGUGUGUGUUUAAAGGCUGGAUUGAAGAGAACGGCACCGCUCCGGUGAAGCCCGGCACCGGACUUACAGUCGCCGUGAAAACGCUGAAUCAGGACGGACUUCAGGGUCAUAAAGAGUGGCUGGCAGAAGUGGAUUUCCUAGGUGAUCUUGUGAAUCCGAAUUUGGUUAAAUUGAUCGGUUAUUGCAACGAAGAUGAUCAACGGUUGUUAGUUUAUGAGUUCUUGCCUCGUGGGAGCUUGGAGAAUCACUUGUUCAGAAGAUCAUUGCCUCUUCCAUGGUCUAUUAGGAUGAAAAUUGCUCUUGGUGCUGCAAAGGGGCUUGCUUUCCUUCACGAAGAAGCGAAAAGACCCGUGAUUUAUCGUGAUUUUAAAACCUCCAACAUUUUGUUAGAUGCGGAAUAUAACGCCAAACUUUCCGAUUUUGGCCUUGCUAAAGAUGGCCCAGAGGGUGAUAAAACUCACAUAUCGACACGUGUCAUGGGAACUUACGGUUACGCCGCCCCGGAAUACGUUAUGACAGGACAUUUGAGUAUAAGAAGUGAUGUAUAUAGCUUUGGUGUUGUUUUACUCGAAAUGUUGACCGGGCGAAGGUCAAUGGACAAAAACCGUCCAAACGGGGAACACAAUCUCGUUGAGUGGGCCCGCCCACAUUUAUUAGAGAGAAGACGGUUUUACCGGUUAAUCGAUCCACGGUUAGAAGGCCAUUUCUCAAUAAAAGGGGCCCAAAAGGCUGCACAACUUGCGUCCCGUUGUCUUAGCCGUGACCCAAAAGCCCGGCCCUUAAUGAGUGAAGUGGUUGAAUGUCUUGAACCAUUACCGGCCCUUAAAGACAUGGCGGGCUCUUCUUAUUACCUUCAAACGGUUCAAUCCGAACGGGUCGGCUCGGGUUCGGAUGGGUCUCGGGCACGGGGUGGGUCGUUUUCAAGAAACGGGCAGCAACAGCCACGGACCUUGUCGAUACCUCGGGCAUCGCCUCAUCACCAUCAGUUUAUUAAGGACUCACCGAAGCCGAAUGAGAAGCAAUAACAAAGGGCACAAUUGGUGUUAAAUUUAUUGUGAAAAAAAUCCCAAUUUGGGAGAAUGUAAUUUAUGAUAUGACAUUUUUAUUAACAUUGUAUCAUAUUUUGUUGUUUAAUUAGUAUGAUGAAUUGAUCGUA